AUGGGUCGCUGCGCCCCAGAGCAUCCGGGUGUCAUGUCCUGGCUGCGCCUCUGGGCCCCACUGCUGCUGAGCACGUGGCAAUUAUUGUGGCUGAUGGUGCAGGCAGCUCAGCCUCCGGAGUGGGCCCUGGACCAUGCCCAGCUGACCGCCGACCUCCUGGGGCCCACCGAGCCCUGGUCUUCACAGUCCUCUCAAUUCCCGCCCGAAUCGCUCCAGGCACUUACACCCCCAGGAGAGGGGUCCUCUGCUCCAGCCCGAUUGUCUCUGCCUAAGGAGUUGACUGAGACUUUGGUUCCAUUCCCGGACACGGAUUCAGUUGGUAAGCUGCCCCCAGAGGCAGAUCAGGAUCUGACUGACAGGCUAACUCGGCUGGAAAGACUCCCAGAGGUGGUUCCAAGGCUAGGUUGGGAUCAGAAUCAGACCAUAGCUCCGCCUCCUCGACUCCAAAGUACGAUUAAAACUGUAGGUCUAGAUCAGGCUGAAGAUCACCAGUCAUUUGAAAUACUUGUUCCACCUCUGGAUAGUCACAGUUCAAAGCCAACGAAGUUUAUUGUUUCACCCCCAAACCUGGAGAAAGAUCUAGCUCAGCAUCAAAGGCUUGCCAAAGUUGUUGGAACUCCAAACCAAUUUGCAAAUAAAGACCACCUACAACAACAGUUGCAGGAUGGUUAUUCAGAUUCCAGUAUGGAUAUCCUAUAUCCUGAGGUGAAUGUACCAAUGGAUUUCCCAGGGGGAUCAGAUCAACCUCCAAAGCUCCCUGAGGAGGUUGAAAUUCCUCCACUCCUGCAGGAGACCCCAAAUCAUUUAGAGUUGCCUGAGGAAGCUGAAUCUUUUUGGCCUCAGGUGGAGGCCCAGGCCCAACAUUCAGACCCCCCUGAGGAGAUAGAAACAUCUCCAAUUCAGCAGGGGGCUCCAUCUCCGCCUCCAGAGAUCCUUAAGGAAGGUGUAAACCCACAGGAGGCCCUGGCUGAGCCUUCAAGUACCCCUGAAGAAAUCAAACUUUCUUUACUAGAACAGAAAGCCUCAGCUCAACCCACAGAGGCCGCUGAGGAAGUAGAACGUUCGAUCCCUCAGGAGUCCCCAGCUCAACCUCCAGAGCCAUCUAAGGAGAUGGUACCUCAACCAAUAGCACAUGAGGUGAAUGUGCCAUCUUUAAGUAAGAAUGAAGCUCAGUGGCCAAACUUCUCCAACGUCACUGUUAAACCUGUGGAUCUGGUACUUACUUUAACUCUAACUCAGCCUCCAGAGCGCACCGAGGAGGCUCAGGCUUCUCCAAUCCAGCAGGAGGCCCCAGCUCAGCCUGUAGAGCGCCCCGAGGAGGCUGGGUCCACCCAAGUCCAGCUGGAGGUGCCGGCUCGGCCAGCAGAGCACCCCGAGGAGGCUGGGCCCACUCCAGUCCAGCUAGAGGCCCCAGUUCAGCCACUAGAGCUCCCCGAGGAGGCUGGGCCCACCCCAGUCCAGCCGGAGGCGCCGGCUCGGCCAGCAGAGCAUCCCGAGGAGGCUGGGCCCACUCCAGUCCAGGUAGAGGCCCCGGUUCAGCCACUAGAGCUCCCCGAGGAGGCUGGGCCCACCCCAGCCCUGCCGGAGGCCCCGGCUUGGCCAACAGAGCGCCCCGACGAGGCUGGCCCCACCCCAGGCCAGCCAGAAGCCCCGGCUUGGCCUGCAGAGCGCCCCGAGGAGGCUGGACCUAGUCCAGUCCAACAGGAGGCCCCAACUCUAGUUCCAGAGUUUCCUAUGGAGUAUCUAUUUCAAACUUCAGUAAGUGAUGAGGUGAUAAGUCAACCUAUAAGCCACUAUCCAACUUAUUUAAGGUUUUCCAGUGUUACACAUAAAUCUGCGGAUGUGGAACUUACCGUAACUCCAGAGCUGGCUAAGGAGGUUGAAUCUUCUACAGCCCAGCAGGAGGCCCCAGCUCAGUCCCCUGUCCCCCAGCAGGACCCAGCUAUGUCUCCUGAACCCCCUAAGGAGGUGGAACUUUCUCCCACACAGCAGGAGGCCCCAGCUCAGUCCCCUGUCCCCCAGCAGGCCCCAGCUAUAUCUCCUGAGCCCCCUAAGGAGGUGGAAUCUUCUCCCACACAGCCAGAGGUCCCAGCUCAGCCUUCAGAGCCCCCUCAGAAGGUAGAACCAUCUCCAGCCCAGCAGGAAACCCCAGCUCAGCCUCUAGAACUCCCAGGCAAAGUAGAACCUUUUCCAAUCUCUCAAGAGACCCAUUCUCAGCUUCCACAGUCUCCUGAGAAGGUAGAAUCCUCUCCAGUCCUGCAAGAAGCCCCAUCUCUACCUCUAGAGCCCCUUAAGGAGGUAGAACCUUCUCCAACCCAGCAGGAGGCUCCAGCUCAGCCUCCAGAACCACGUAAGGAGGUUGUAGCAGAACCUCCAGUCCGUCAUGAGGUGAUAGUUCCACCUCUAGGACAAGAGCAAGCUCAGCCUUCAAACUUGCCCAGUGCCACUGUUAAACCUGUUGACCUGGAGCUUACUGUAACUCCAGAACCUACUACAGAGGCUGAGCAUUCCAUGGCCCUGCAGCAGACUCUGUCUCUUCCAGAGGACCCCAAGGUGACACGUUCACAUCCAGAGCACGUUCAGGCUCAGCAACCAAAUUUGACUGAAGUCACAGUUCAGCCUUUAGACCUGGAGCUUACCGUAACUCCAGAACCCACUACGGAGGUUGAACAUUCUACAGCCCUGAAGAAAACUGUAGCUCCUCCAAAGGACCUCGAAGUGACAUUGGCACACCUAGAGCAGGUUCAGACUCAGCAUCCAACUUUGGCUGAAGUCACAGUUCAACCUUUGGACCUGGGGCUUACCAUAACUCCAGAAUUUACUAAGGAGACUGAACUUUCUCUACCUACGCAGGGGACCCCAAUUCAGGCUCCAGAGCCACCUAAGGAGGUUGUUGUAGCUCAAUCUCCAGUAUAUCAGGAGGAGAUUGUUCAGACACCAGUUCAAGAUCAAGCUCAGCAUCCAUCAUCACCCAAUGUAACAGUUCAACCUUUGGACCUGGAGCUUACUGUAAGUCCAGAACCCACUACAGAAGUUGAACAUUUUACAACCCUAAAAAAGACUACAUCUCCUCCAAAAGACCUUGAGGUGACACUUGCACAUUCAGAGCAGGUUCAGUCUCACCAUCCAACCUUAAAUAAAGUCACAGUUAAACCUUUGGACCUGGAACUUACCAUAAGUCCAGAAUCUACUACUGAGGUUGAACCUUCUCCAGCCAUGCACGAGACCCCACAUCAGUAUCCAGAGCCGCCUAAGGAACUUGUAUCUCAACCUCCCGUAUAUCAGGAGGCAGCAGUUCCAACACCACGUCAGGAUCAAGCUCAGCAUCGGUGGUCACCAAAUGUGACAGUUCAACCUUUGGACCUGGAGCUUACCAUAACUCCAGAAUCUACUACAGAGGUUAAACAGUCUACAACCCUGCAGCAGACUACAACUCCUCCAAAGGACCUUGAGGUGACACUUGCCCAUCCAGAACAGGUUCAGAGUCAACGUCCAAACCUGACUAAAGUCACUGUUCCACCCAUGGACCUGAAAAUUACUGUACGUCCGCAACCAGUGUCAUCUGAGACAGUUUUUCCCCCAACGACCCUGCGUUCAUUGCUGCAUUUUGUAAAAUAUACCCCAGAAAAGGCAUACACAACUUUAACUGAGCCACCAGAAGAGAACACUACCACGAACAUCAACAUAUGUGAGCUCUGUACCUGCAAAAAUGAGACGCUGUCGUGUACUGGUUUCAGCCCAAAGCAGAGGCUCCACAGAGUGCUUGUGCCAGAGCCCAACACCUACAGCGGCACCUUCACCAUCUUAAAUUUCAAAGGAAAUUCUAUUUCUGAGAUCGAUAAAAAUAUAUGGAAGGCAUACCGUUGGACUGAGAAACUAAUUCUCAGUGAAAAUUAUUUGACCGAAUUACAUAAGGACUCAUUUGAAGGCCUACUAUCCCUCCAGUAUUUAGAUUUAUCCUGCAAUAAAAUACAAUCUAUUGAAAGACGUACAUUUGAACCACUACCUUUUUUGCAGUUUAUAAAUCUUGGUUGCAAUUUACUCACAGAACUGAGCUUUGGAACAUUUCAGGCCUGGCAUGGAAUGCAGUUUUUACACAAAUUAAUUCUCAAUCGUAACCCUCUGACAACUGUUGAAGAUUCGUAUCUUUUUAAAUUGCCGGCAUUAAAAUAUUUAGACAUGGGAACAACACAGGUGUCACUUCCAACAAUUGAGAGCAUCCUCAUGAUGACCCUUGAAUUGGAAAAACUGAUUUUACCUAGCCAUAUGGCCUGCUGUCUCUGCCAAUUCAAAAAUAAUAUUGAGGUUGUCUGCAAGACAGUCAAGCUGCAUUGUGACAGUGAAUGUCUGACAAAUGCCACACAUUGUGAUGAAGAAGUAUCUAUAAGGAGUGCAGAAGGAUCAUUCAUGAAGGUAUUGAAAUCCCGGAAGAAGAGCACCAGUACUGAGCUGACAAUUGAGCCAGAGAAGCCAUCCUCAGAUAAAAAUCACUUCAGUUUAGCCUUUAUGAAUGAGCAGCUAGACUUUAAUGAUGAAAGUGAUGUUAUUAGUGCGCUGAAUUACAUAUUGCCUUAUUUCUCAGAGGGAAAUCUAGAAGAUGUAGAAUCAACAUUAUUACCAUUCAUUAAACUUCUGUUUUCAAAUGUGCAAGACGGAGACAAGCCCAUGGGUCCCUUGACAAACAACACAGGGAACCCUUUUCUUAAACCUGGACCCAACAGUUCAACUUACAAAAAUAAACUGAGGAAACUCCAUUUUCUAGAAAAUUUGUUAGAUGCAGAAAUUCAAGAAAAAAUUGAUGAGGUGAAAAAGAAAGAAAAAACUGCCAUGCUUAUACGUUCCGGCCUUUUCGGUCCCAAAUUCAAACGCCAAAUCUUUCCAAAGAAAUUGGAAACUGCCCAAGCACAGGAAAAGAGCCUCACCAAGGCUGAGAGUGUAGGGAAAAAGUUUCUGAGAGUAAAGCAGGUUAUCAAGGGCCCAAAGGGCCUACAGAAAAGGUACCUCAAACAAAGGCGCAAUCAGAGAAACCAGGGGAAACAGAAUGCCCAGCCAUUUGUGGAGAAUAUGGCCAAAGAAAGAAGGCUCAGUAGACCGUCCCCAAGGGAGCUGGAGCAGCUUCACAUGGCGCAGAGGCCCAGGAAAUUAGUGGGAGACUCCUUUAAUACGGAGCCUUCAUUCAUAAAGGAGCACAAGGCAGCAGUCUCUUCUUUUCUGAAACAGUACUCCUUGGGCAGGCCUUCUGCCUCCACUCCUCCAAAAUCCCUACCUGAGGUGAAAAACAAAUCAAAAGCCUUAACCGACACCAUUUUUGUUUUAGAGGAUGCAAAUGCUAGAGUUAGGAAUAUGAAGGCUUCUAAACCAGUCUCACAUUCCAGAAAAAAGUACCUCUUUCAUAAAACUCGCUCGCGUGGGGUCCACAGAGCACCCAAGGCCAAGCUGAGUCGAAAAUUCAGAAAGGGAAGUCCUAUCAGUAAUAGGCUGAUGCUUGCAAAGAGGCCUCCGUUCUCUGCCAUCAGGAGCCUCAUAAAUUCCCCUUCACGGGAGGCUUUUCCAUCUUCAGGAGAACUGAGUUCUCAGGAAAAUCCUUUUCCAGAAUUACUUAUUCUUUCAGAACCUUUUAGAGAAAACACUACUAUAGAAAACACUACUGCACAGAAUGUUUUUGAGAAACCUGUUUCUACAAGAAACAUGACUGUGCCAGAACAAACCCUCCCUGCAUUCAGGAACCAUAAGAAUCUUUCCAGUGCAUAUUCUGUGGCCACCACAGGCAACUUUAUGUCAACUGUUAAACAAACCAAUGAAUCACGACGGAUAUACCACAGCGUGGGCACUGGAUUGCCCCCGAAGCCCACAGGCUUCACUGGGUCGAAGCUCUCAGCCCCAGGUGACCUCUUUGAAAUUCAGCUAAACCAGCAGCUAUGGUCCCUCAUCCCGAACAACGACGUGAGAAGGCUCAUUUCUCACGUUAUCCGGACUUUGAAAAUGGACUGCUCUGAGAGCCACGUGCAACUGGCCUGUGCCAAGCUCAUCUCCAGAACAGGCCUCCUGAUGAAGCUUCUCAGUGAGCAGCAAGAAGUAAAGGUGUCCAAGGCAGAGUGGGAUACGGACCAAUGGAAGACUGAGAACUACAUCAAUGAGAGCACAGGAGUCCAGAGUGAACAGAAAGGGCAGGAGUCCAGUGAGCUCACAAAAGAAGUUCCAGGUUAUGGCUAUAACAACAAACUCAUCUUGGCAAUAUCUGUGACUGUAGUAGUGAUGAUUUUGAUUAUAGUUUUCUGUCUCAUCGAGAUUUAUUCUCACAGAAGAGCAUCCAAGGAAGGUAAAGAAGGAAGCUCAAGGGGCUUCUUUCGAUCUCUGCUGUGGAAGAGAUGCUCAACAGAAAGUGAGAGUCAGGAGGGCUUUUUCUGGAGGAGGCGGCCACUUUGGCUUCGGGACAUGUACAGACCUCUCAAUGCCACACGCAAGAAAAACAUGGCACAGAAGCUGCAUGACAGGGAUUCUUCUGAUGAGGAUGAGAUUUUCAACAAGGAACUAGGAGCGAGAAGUGAAGACCUGGCAGAGAAGCGUCAGUUCACAGAUUCCACCGGUGAAGAGCUGGGUGACGAGAGCGACACUGUCCCCGAGAUCGUCAUUGAGUGAGCCCAUCCUGCCUCAGGUCACCUACAAAGUUUAUCUUCUGAUAUUGGCUUCUCAGCAUUG